AUUUGUGAGUUUGUGAGUAUGUUGGGCUCCCUUUGUGUAGUCACCAGGACGACGCGAACACGUCAACAACAACUUCCCCAAAAUGGCGGACUUUCUUGAAAAUAUCGAUGUUGGCCAUUAUAGGUCCUUGGAUAUGCCCAAAAACUUUGCUAUAAAGGUUACUAUUCGUAAAGUCAAUUCUAGCUUUCUACCAAGCUUUCAGAUUGGAUCACAGCAAAGCAUUAAUGCUCAAGAAGGGGCAGAAUUAGCUGGAGAGGCAGUGGAAAUGCCCGAGAUUGGUCAAAACAGGCCUAGUGGAAGUAAAAAGGACGAAGAAGAAGAGGUCUUUACAUUCCACUGGCAGCAGAAAGCUUUUUCAGAGCGUGAAAAGGAGCUCUAUGAAAAUGCCUCUGACUUGUAUAGUGGUGGACUUGAGAGAYAUUACAUUGAAGAAGUCAAAAGACUAAGGCAAAGAGGAGACCGCCCAAACAAACGGUUGUUCUCUUAUGUGGACCAUGAUACAUUUGUUAAUCUUGAUGAGGAAACACGGACGUUAACUACAUCUCCCAAUGAAAAGCCAUCAUUUCUUGUUGAGAAGAUGAUGAGUGUGAGAAGGAGAAAUGUUGGUUCAGGAAAACUAGACAGAAGGAAUCGUCCUGGAGGAUUCACACAUCACAUCAACCCAGUCACCACAUAUACUUCUGAGCUGACAAAGAAUGCUGCACAUGCUCUGAGUACACACUACAGAACUAUGUACAUCCUGGCAGACUUGGCUCAAGAUAUUAAGAAUAGCUGCUUGACAGAUGAAUAUGUAGUUUGUUCGAUAAAGAUGGAUAUCAAUGGACAGAUUUUUAUCAAGCCUGAUUUUAAUCAAGGAGAACAACCGUAUCGCAUUGAAACACUACAUGAAUCUAGGGAUGUCUAUGAAUAUACACUGGAACACUGUUCACCAACCAUGUCUGACUGGCUUCUCAAGUUGGAACYGAUUUUGAUUAUGUUCCAGAAGCUGGUAUCCUAAAACUGGAUAUCUUUGGUGAAAUUGUUUCUGCCAAGGGAUUCGAAUAUGAUGGAUUGUACAUACAUUUUUUCCUGGAAUUGCCACCAAAGUGGAUGUCAGAUGGAGAUCCUUAUCUCUCAGGAGUCACUCAGACUUGUUUCACAAAGCAAAGUGGACCAAAUGAUGUUGCUCACUUUAGCUUCCCCUUUGACUUCUCACUGAUCUACCAGGAGCAGGAAAACUCAGAUGAUUUUAUCCACUGGCCAUUUUUGUUUGUGGAGGUCUUGUCRCUAGACAGCUGGGAGAGACAUCGCACUGAAGGCUAUGGAUAUAUAGCUAUCCCCAAUCAGCCUGGGAGUCAUGAGAUCACCAUGGAUACCUGGCGUCCUUUGGGUAACGGCACCAUCCCAGAACUAAAGCGAUUCUUCAUUGGGGGGUCCCCAGAGCUUGAAGAUCCAACRUAUCCACAGCAACCUGUUGCCACUGAGGAGAAAGUUCUCAGCAAGUUCUACUUUCAGACGGCAACAUCUGGGAGUGUCACAGUUCGACUUAACAUUGUCCAACAAUGCCAAGAAUUUAUGGAAUCAAAAAAAGCCAAGAAGAAAACACGGUCWAUCUUAGAUCGACUUGGAGGUUUAAGUGCUCUYGACUCUCUAGGACAAGUAAUGGAUGCCUUUCAGAGAGCUAGAAAGAGGAUGGUAGCAGCAAGGGAAGGAUUACCGA